AUGGAGAAGUGCCACAAGCUUGUCAAUGCGCCAUGGCCGACGGCCGAUUUCGUGGACCUCUCAGCAUCAUCGCGCGAGACAACAGACAAGGCCACUAAAUGUUUAAUGCCGGGACCGUCAACGGUCGGUCGAUAUUCGAUGAUGCCGAUGCCUCGAACGGACUUCAUUCCCCUGUGGAUCCACCAAAGACGUUAUCGCUUCUCGCUGUCGCUGCUUGGCUGCAUCUACGGCAAUCUGGCAGCCGCACCCUAG